UUUGAUUCUUUUCUAGGUAAUUUCUAUCAAUUUAUUAUUACUGAUUAUGACAAAAAAUAUUUUAUAAAUGGAUUAUUAAUUUACAAAUUAAAAACAAAAUACACUAAUGUUGUCCUUAUCAAAUACACAUAGGUAAUCCAUAUUAAAUGUCAAUGAAUGGAAUUAAAUUUAAUUCAGAUCAAAAUGAUGAUAAUCAGUAUAAUAAUAAUAAUGACAUAGAACUAUUGAACAAUCAUAUUACAUUAUUUCCUACUACCAAUAAUAUUAAUAAUACUAAUUUAUUAAAUUUUGAACAUAUUUCUGAUAAUAUCAAUAAAGUUAAUGUAGGAUCAUUUUUAAAACAAUUACAAUGUGUUAUUGGAGAAUUAGUUGAAUCAGAAUCAGUUUAUUUAAAAAGUUUAUGUGAUAUUGAAGAGGGUUACUUAUUACGUUUAAAAACAAAUCCAAGUGUAGAUCAACAAUUUCUCGAUGUCGUCUUUCAUAAAAUUUCGGAUUUACGAGUUUUUCACGCACAACUUCAUUCUGAUCUCUAUUUGAAUCGUGAGAAUUUUAUUCAACUUGGACGAGUAUUUCUAGUUAAUGCAAAACGUUUCGAAGAGCUCUAUGUGGAUUUCUGUCUUAAUUAUCCAAAAACUAUUCGUUUGCUUGAAGAAGCCCAAAAAUCUCGUACAGAUAUUUGGAUAUGUCUUAACAAUUGUCAGUCAGAAUUACAACAUCAACUUCCUCUUGCCACAUAUCUUCUCAAACCAGUACAACGUAUACUCAAAUAUCAAUUAUUUUUACAGGAAUGUGUCAAACAUUUAAGUCAAAUAACAACAGAACUAUUAAAUUCGAAAUCAUCAGUACCAGGUAGAGAUUUAUCGAUUAGUAACACUGCAGGUCUUUCAGAAUGUAACAAUAAUCAGAAUAAUGAUGUAUUGUUGGAGUUUUUCAAUCAUUCUAUUUGCGCAUUAAGACAAGCAUUGGAAUGUAUGAUUCAAGUCGCAGAUCAUAUCAAUGAACGUAAACGUUAUCGUGAAUUAUUAGAUCAACUUCGGAUUACCCGAUUAGAUGUAGAUAAUUGGGGUGAUCUUGUAUUACAUGAUCAUUUUCGUAUACCGGGUAAAAAAGACCUACGUCUUGUUCUCUUGUUUCAGUGUGCACUUAUCCUAUGUAAAUAUACACCGCCUAUAUCUUCAUCCGGUAUCAGUUUGUCAACUUCCCAGUCUAUAACUAUCAAUGAUUAUUGGAGCAAUACAGCUAAUGUAAUGGCAACUAAAACAAUGAAAUCACGCGGUGCAUCAGAUAGGAUAUUAGGAAAUUCUAGUCACAUGGUUUCAAAUGUUAGAUCGAUCGAAAUACGUGAAGUGAUUAGUUGUGCUAAUUUAAUGCUAGUUGAAUGUAUCGACAAAGAUCCAUUAGCAUUUCAUAUAUUACCAUUUGAUAAUCCUAAAGCACAACGUACUCUACAAGCAACCAAUUUAGAAAUUAAACGUUUAUGGUGUCGUGAAAUAAAACGUUUAAUAUUAGAAAAUUAUGAUGCUGCUAUUCCGGAAAGAGCGAAACAAAUUGUACUUAAUAUGGAGGAUUUAACUUAUGGUCCACCUAUUAAAGAUGUAUCUGAUCUACCUAUGAGUUUAUGUAAUUUACAACAAGUUGGAAAAAAUGAUUUCGAAGAAGACUGCUUAAAUCAAAAUUGUUCAAAUGAUCGAGUACAUCGUAAGAGUGAUACAGCUCUUCCAGGUCUUCGAAGCUUUCUUAAUCGGCAAACAAACAAACACUCAAUUUAUUCAAAUUCAAUUCACACACCUAAUCUAUCGUUGAAUAAUAAUAUCAAUGAAUGUAGAAUACCUUUAUUAGAAAAUGGUUGUAUGUUGAAUGGCAAGAAAAACGUUAUCAGUGAUAAAGUCUUACCAUCUGAUGAGGAUAUUAAUAAUUCAACUGAUAGACAUCUUGAUUCAUUACUACAUGAAGCCUGGGAGGAAAUAUGGGCUAAACAUCAGCAUUCACCAGUUAAAACAACUUUUGCAAAUGGUCAGUCAGAUUCUUUGGAAAACGGUAAUCUUCAUCAUUAUCAUCAGGAUAAUUGUAAAUUGGACACAGAGGAUGUUUGUUCAUCUCCUUCAGCAGUAACAACAAAAGCAAAUAAUGAUGCAGACUUCCGGUGUAUUGCUGUAGAAAUUAAUGAAGAGAAAUUCGGUCUUUUAUCACCUGUCAUUGUACCAACGUGUACUGUUAAUGAAAAUAAAAAAUACUCAGUAUCUUCCCUAUCUAAAUUAAAUACAGAUUCUUUAAAUUGUGUAAAUAAUUCAGAUAACUUGAAAUUUUCUAUUCCCACUUCAUCAUCUCCCUCUUCACAACAUUUAUUACAUUAUUCUUCAUCACCUAAUUUUUCAUUCUGUCAACGAUCACCACCAACAUUAUUAUCUGAUAAAUCUGUAAAUAAUCAUAAUCGUACAACUUCCGUUUAUAUUGACUGUCCAAAUACAUCAUAUUAUGAUGUAAUCACAUUUGGUCGAACUUAUGAACAAUAUAUUGCUAAAGCUCGAGCAAUGGUAGCUUUAUCUCCAAAAGAUUUAGAUGAAAUAUUCAGUCCAUUACGAGAAUUACCAUUUACUAAUCGUGAACAUCAAUUAUCACACUCUUCACUUCAUUAUCCUAAUCAAGAUGAUAUAUUAUCUUCUAAUGUUAUCAAUGUAACAACAACUCAUUGUUCAACUGUCCCAUUAAUAUUAAACACAAAUGUUAAUUCAAUGAAACAAUUAUCUGAUAUUAAUUCGACAACGAUGAUCAAGAAUCGAAAUUGUUUAACUUCUGAAUUAAAAUUAUCUUUAACUAAUCUUACAUCUUCUAUAGAAGAAAAUAAUAGUAAUGAUAAGAGUAAUGAUUAUUGUUCUUCGUCUGGUGCUAGUUCUCCACGACAUUUAGUUAGUUGUAUUGCUGUAACACAUAAUCGAAAUGGACUCAAUAGUAAUUUAGUAACAAAAAAUAUAACUGUGCUACCGAGUAACACCACUGAUACCCCAGCCAUAAAAAUUGACAGUCGCGUAUCAGCUGCAAGAUCGAAUUCACUAUCAUCAGGAUUCCGAACAAGUGAAUUGAGAAAUAAUGUUGAUCCAGUCGAUAAUUUUGAUCGUGGACGAAGACGUUCAAAUCUUGAUUCAAUUGAUAGAACUCUAAAUCGUCAAAAUUCUCAUAUUCAUAUCAGUAUUAGAUCUCCUUUAGGUUCACCAAAAAGAUCUCAAUCACAUGUAUUUGUAUCAAAUGGUCGGUUAAAUAAAUCUGGUGUUUCUAAACCACCUAGAUUUGUAAGCUAUAAGAGUCCACUGGAAUCUGUUGGGAAAUCACUUAAAGCUAACCAUAAUCAACCAAUGGACCAUGAUAAGCAAUCGACACGAAACAUGACAAACAAUAUUUCAUCUUCCUCUUUGUUGUGUAAUAAUUUAUCAAAAGAAGUUAAUAGUGAUGAUGUAUUGAAUAAACGAGGACGUCGAAAGUCGCGUGCACCUGCUCCACCAACCAAAUUAGUGGAGAAUACUGCUGUUACUACUAUUAGCACUACUGUUACUACUACCAAUACUACCACUACUACUACGAUUAAAGCUCCAUUAGCAGUUUCCGAAUGUAGCAAAGAGUUUGAGGAUAAUGACGAUGAUGAAUGUUUAGAAUCUAUCUGUCAAGGUCGUGCACGUGCUGUAACAACAUCUUUGUCAGCAACAUCUGUAAAAUCAAAUAUUCCUUGUUUAACAACUUCGCAACAUAUUGUCUCUACUUCAUUUCGCAAUACAAUUAAUAAUGUAAAUGGAAGUAAUACAGAGAAACCAGUCAAGCCACCACGAAGACUUAAUAAUAAUACAUCCUCUUCCACUGAAGCUCUGCAUAAAUCUGAAAAGAGUAUAUGUAGUCGAUAUUAUUCUCCAACUUUAAAAAGUUUUCAUAAUCCUUCAACCUCACAACACAAGUUUCCUCAUGAUAUCCCUUCUCAACAUCGGGGUAUUGUUAAAAAUAUGAUAAGUAAAUUUCAGCAGCCUUAAAAUCUAGAUUUUUGUUCCUCUCAAUUGAUCUGCUUUCUAUCUUGUCAUUUAUAAUUUUUAACUGUAAGAAUCCAUCGCUUCUUGCUAACUGCCUAACUGAUUCUAUCCUUACCGGUUUCUACAGAUUCUUUUUUAUAUAAUUUGAAAACUACUUUUAUUCAUUUAGGGAAACACUACUUAUAAUGAAUAAGUAGUUAAAAUUAUUUAGUGAAAUUAAUGUACUGUUUGUUUUUACAUAUUCAUUUUCGUCGUAAAAAACAUACUAAUUUGCUUUUGUCAAUAAUUUUCUGCUUAUUUUGAUGAAUAACGAAGAGAGAGAUUUUUGUCUCCUUUUCAAACGGAUACAUAUUUAUUAUCUACUGGUUAAUGAUAUUUACUUUUUCUUUCGUGUUUAUAAGUAUUUUGUUAUGAAUUUAUUGUUUCUUUUCAAAUAGUUAUUUGUAAUUUGUGUUUUCCAUUAUAUUUAUUCAGUUUCAUUUUCCUUUCUGUCCAUUUAUUGUUCAGUUUAUGAAUCGAUUUUUUUUGUUUCUUUAGGGGUGGGCUAAGAGAGUUGGUUGUCGUAAUUGUUCUGUUUAUUGUUUAUCUAUGUUCCUUUUUUCGUUUCUACGUUGUUUUGUUUCUUUUGAAGUCACAGUUUAGGAUUUUCACUAUUUUUUUUCCGAAUGACUUCUGGAAGAGUUCAUGAUAUGUUUCCAUAUAGGAUUUAAGAGAAGUUUUGCUUAUCCAUGUGAUAUUUUAUUUGUUGAUGUAGUCAUAAUAUGUUUUGAGAAUAAAAUGUUCCUGGACUGAUUGAUAAGAUCAUCAUCAUCACCAUCAUGAUCAUUAUGUCACUUGCAAAUAAAAAAAUAGGAUUAUACCGUUUCAUUUACUUUCGUUAAUUUACGAAAGAUUUCUUAUACUCUAAUGCUUUUCUUUUCAAUAUUUAAUAAAGAGUAUUUGUUAGCUUAUUAUAAAAAGUAUUCAUAUUAUUGUAUCUGGGAAAAUAUUUCAAUUUAUAUUAGUUAUAGUAAUGAGUACAUGAGUAUGAAUGUGGUGAAUGAUCAUUAUUCAGUGUUGCAAAACAUUUGAUUUUUGCUUUUCAUUAUGAAUGUAACAUGAAACUUUAGAUACUCUAUUCUAUUAUUGCUGAGUCAAUGAAAAACAAUGUAACUGCGAGCCAGAUAAUUAAGUGUUAAUAUAUGUGACUGACACUGGAUAUAAGUUAGAAUCACAUGGAAAACUUCAGUCCUAUCCUUGAUAUGGUGAUAUCUUAAUCAGCAAUUUCGAAUCGCAUGAAACCUAGAUUAGAAGUUUCCAAUUAAUUUCUUCAAUUCACCUAGCAAAAAAAGAAUUUGUCUAUACUCUUAUACUUCUGAAAAUCUAAGGAACAUAUCAUCUAAAUAAAGAUGAAUGAAAAUGGUCUUGGACUCUAGGAAGAAAAUGAAAGCUCAGUUUUCAUUUAAAGUAAAACUGAUUGAUAAGGACUAUUUAAUCGUUCUUGUGUGGAGAUAAAGAUCUUUGUAGAAGAAUUCAAUGCCCUGGUAUGGCCAAGAGUGGGGAAAGCCAGAUCUCCUCCUACAAAUGCUCUCACAUGGCCACACGUAUACAGCCACUCUAAGGGAGGUCAUACUCACUGCCUGCUUGCAACACUACUAUUGUUUACGAAAUCGAGAGGACGAAAAGCGGAUGUCCAGCGCUUUAACCGGGUUGAUGGAUACGGAGGAGUUAGAAAACCGUGAUUUCAAGCCAACGGUAUACAUGGGCUCCAGUAUCCUGAAGGGACAAUUGGUGUAUGAACCAAUCGUUGAUCACCUCUACCAUGGGACUUCAUCUCCUUACAUUGCUCCACUACCUUAUGGAUCAAACCUUUAGGUGGAACACUUCGGGUGUGGCCCCCUAAGGAAACCAACUGCUUCGGUUUGUGCACCCGGAGAGUAUUCUAUCCCUCUAACAAGUCUAGUGAUUUGUGUGGCACAUAUCUAUUUGUUGCCUCCUUUUACCAAUGUUUAUGUUUAAAUAAACAAUCAACAUGGUAUAAUUGAAUGUCACAGCAUUUUCAAAUUAAACUGUUGAUACUUUAACACGAAGUCUGUCAAUAAAUAAUCUACAACU